GGCAGUGGCGGCGGUGGCGGCGGUGGCGGUGGCGGAUCGGGGGGCGGGGGGGCCGCGGGCGCGCGUCUGUUUGUGUUAUCAAUACUGAGGCCGCGUGCGACCCCCUUGGGCCGAGAUCCCCCCCCGGCCCAGCACCCACCCACCCACCCCGCACACGCCCCCCCCCCACGCCACGACCCAGCCUCUUACGGCACCAGCUGAGGCACCCAAGAGGAUUACCCUCCUUUGCCCUCUCUCCCACCCACCCCCCAAAAAGAGAAGAUCCCCUCCCCAGGCCCACCCCUUCCCCUCUUCCCUCCCCCCUCCUCCCGAACUUUCCCUCUCGCAUGCUUUUCCCCUGCACCACGGAUCGCCUCUCCGAUGCCGCUUGCCUGGAAGCUGCGUUAAGAGCGAGCGGCGGCGGUGGCGGCGGCGGCGGCGGCGGCAGCUCGGGAGUGCUAUGACCGGCAAACUCGCCGAGAAGCUGCCGGUGACCAUGAGCAGUUUGCUAAACCAACUGCCUGACAAUCUGUACCCCGAGGAGAUCCCCAGCGCGCUCAACCUCUUUUCUGGCAGCAGCGACUCGGUAGCCCAUUACAAUCAGAUGGCUACAGAGAAUGUGAUGGACAUCGGUCUGACCAACGAGAAGCCCAACCCGGAACUCUCUUAUUCGGGCUCCUUCCAGCCAGCCCCUGGCAACAAGACCGUGACCUACUUGGGAAAGUUCGCCUUUGACUCCCCUUCCAACUGGUGCCAGGACAACAUCAUUAGCCUCAUGAGCGCCGGCAUCUUGGGGGUGCCCCCGGCCUCUGGGGCACUCAGCACGCAAACCUCCACAGCCAGCAUGGUGCAGCCGCCGCAGGGGGAAGUGGAGGCCAUGUAUCCGGCGCUGCCCCCCUAUUCUAACUGCAGUGAUCUCUACUCGGAGCCUGUGUCUUUCCACGAUCCCCAGGGCAACCCCGGGCUCGCCUAUUCCCCCCAGGAUUACCAAUCGGCCAAACCGGCCUUGGACAGCAAUCUCUUCCCCAUGAUUCCUGACUACAACCUAUACCACCACCCCAACGACAUGGGCUCCAUUCCGGAGCACAAGCCCUUCCAGGGCAUGGACCCCAUCCGGGUCAACCCGCCCCCUAUUACCCCCCUGGAGACCAUCAAGGCAUUCAAAGACAAGCAGAUCCACCCGGGCUUUGGCAGCCUGCCCCAGCCGCCGCUCACGCUCAAGCCCAUCCGGCCCCGCAAGUACCCCAACCGACCCAGCAAGACCCCGCUACACGAGCGGCCCCACGCGUGCCCGGCGGAGGGCUGCGACCGCCGUUUCAGCCGCUCGGACGAGCUGACCCGGCAUCUGCGCAUCCACACGGGCCACAAGCCCUUCCAGUGCCGGAUCUGCAUGCGGAGCUUCAGCCGCAGCGACCACCUUACCACUCACAUCCGCACGCAUACGGGCGAGAAGCCCUUUGCCUGCGAAUUCUGCGGGCGCAAGUUUGCGCGCAGCGACGAGCGCAAGCGCCACGCCAAAAUCCACCUCAAGCAAAAGGAGAAGAAGGCGGAGAAGGGGGGUGCGCCUUCUGCGUCCUCGGCGGCCCCGGUGUCCCUGGCCCCUGUGGUCACCACCUGCGCCUGAGGCUCGGGCCCCCAGAUCACACUUUUCCCCUUCAGUGUCUCCCGGCUGCUGGCCUGAAUGCAGCCGGAAAGCUAGCCACGGAGGCGCAGGGGCCGCGCCCUGGCCUCUCCAUGGACGUAAGGCCCCUUGUUUCCCUUCGCUGUCCCCCGUUUCCACCCUUUCACACCGGCCAACGGUCGGGGGCCAGGGCAGGAGGCGCCUUCCCCUUGCUGCCCCCUAUUAGCCAAGGCGUGGGGGCGGAAAGGUGGCGUCUAGCCCGCUUUGUUCAGUUGGGAUCGUCUUGAUCCAGGGGCCGCCGGGCCGGGCCAAGGACCUGCGGGGGACUGAAGGCUGGGCCCGCCCAAGCCUCGCUGGACCCAAGCACCUCACGGUUCUCCCCACGUCUCCCUCGGUUCCCCAUCGAAGACCCGAGAGGGGGAGGGGGUAAGGAGCGCACCAAAGCGCAGAGCUUGCUGCCCGCCGCACGCACGCGCGCCUGCGUGCGGGGAUGCGCGCGAGUGUGCGUGCUCGCGUGAGUGUAUGUGUGCGUGUGUGUUUCUGUGUGUGUGUGUGUGUGUGUGCGUGUGCGCGCGCGCGCGCUCGCACGUGUGUGUGCGAGACUCUUGAGCUGAACUGGGCUAUGUCCACCCCAAACUCUUCCCCACCUCGGGUCCCCAGGCCGCUGGGGGCCUGCACGUGGCGGGACGAGACGGUCUUCCAUCUGCUCCGAAAUAAUGUUUCUUACAGAAAUGCCUCGGGUGCCGCCGCCGCGGUGCUGCUACCGCCGCUUAGGGUUUGGCCCCUCAGAAUCCCUCCUUUUCCGAGCGCUUCCCUCUCAAGGCCUCAGGGCAGUUUGAUCUUCGGGGAGAAGAAGCAGCCAUCACUGAACCUGCCUUUAAAAAAAAUGUGUUUCCUCGGCCCCAGAGAUUUUUAAAUCUCUGUUCCUGAGUUUGCCCUCUGCCCUUUUUCCCCCUCCUCUCCCUUCUCCCCUCUAAGCCUUUUCCCAUCUCUUUCCAAAUCUUUUUCCAAAAAGGCAGGCCUCAACCAACCACCCCAUUUUGCCAUCUUUUUGUUCUCUCACUCACAUACCCAUUUCUCUUCCCACCAUUAAUGGGAAUGCAGCUUUUUUUCCUCUCUCUCUUUGUCAUCACCAACACAACAGGUAGAAUUCAAAUUUAUGAAUAUGGUGUGUGUGUAUGUAUGUAUAUAUGUGUGUCUACACACACACACAUAUAUACAUUUAUAUAUAACAUGCACACAAUAUGUAUUCCUAGUAAAAUAAAACCUCUAAGGUACUUGGCUAUCCAGUGCAGUGCACCGGAAUAAAGAGAAUUUGUAGGCAUUUGCAGCUUUAAAUGAUUUAUUUUUUAUGAAAAAUUUAACUGACGAGAUUAUAUCUACAUGUGUGUAUGUGUGUGUGAGUAUGUAUAUAUACAUCCAUAUACACACAUAUGCACACAUCUCUGUCCAAAUUUUCCUCAAAGCUAUGGGGAUGUUUGCAUUAAUCCAUGUUGCUGAAUGAGGCACAUCUUCUCCGUACCCCAGUCUCACCUUCUCCCCGCCCUACCUCACCUCUUCUCAGGCACCCCCUCUCCCCAGCCUCCUCCACACAGGGGUGACUCUUUGGAAGUGGAGUAGUAGGGAAGGUUACUCUCUGACACAGCUUCCAGUGCAGUCUUGCCCGAAUGUACUGUUCCCUGUUAGCGUUAUUUCUCCUGUGGUCAGUAAGCUGCCCAGAGAGAGGGAACAAAGGUCUGGAGUUUACAGAAUGUCUGUUUUUAAAGUCACUUUAUGCAUUUCCCACUUUUUUUUUUUUUUUAAAGAAAAAAGCACCGGUUUUUUUGGUGGCGGAUAGAUAAUACUAAAGGAGUCUAGUGAAAGGGGGGGAAAAUCAAAGAGCAGGGGACUGUGGACUUCCAGGUACUUGGACUUUUUGUAGAAGGAGAGAGAAGUGGAUGAAGUUUGCCGGGAGGGCCCAUAUUUUUUCAGCUGAAGGGUAAAAUCUUUCUUUGCAGAGACAGUAUUUUGCUGAAUACUUUUUAUAAUGUGAUGAUUAUUAAAAACAAAAAUUUUGGUCACUUCAAAGCUGGAAGGAGGAAUCAGAUAUCCUUUAAUAUUUUUUCCUUACUCCUUCUGGUAUAUGCAUGUCACUGCAUGAUAACGCUGAGUUUUCCUUUGUUUUAAUAAAACUGUUCUCAGACAUUUAAGCUAAACUAAGAGAAAACUAGCUUUGUUGCCAAAAGGUUGUGCUAUCCAGAUUUUUUAUAUGUCUGCAUGUUUUAAGAAAAAAACAGCAAAAGAAAAUGCACUCUAACUUAUGUGAACUGAGAGAAAAAAAUCAGGUUUUAAACAGGAAAACCUAUGGGGAAUGAUAUUUUUUGAAAGACUUUUGUAUAAAGUUGAGUACUUAGAAAAAGACAAACCAGAUGUAAUAUAUUUUGUGGAUGUUUUUAUUUCUUGGAUUUAUAGUACCUUAUACUAAGGUUAAAAAAAUAUGCUUGUUAUCGUGAAAAGGUGAAAUUCUUCACCAACAUUUCAUUUGCUCCUUUGUCACAUUGUUAUGCCAAUAUAAUAUAGUUCAUGAAAACAGCAUUUUUAAAAACUGAAAUAUUGAAAUGGUGUAAUGUUGUACCAUUUGCACUGUGAGCAAAUGCUAAUACAGUAAAUAUAUUGUGUUUGCUGACAAUCAGA